AUGGAAGCAUUAUUUACCACACCACCAUACAAUACCAUUCCUCUUAUUCGAGGAACAUCUCUUUCCUUCCUAAAAAUAAUUACAUCGAAUAAUUCAACAAUUCCAACAUCUACAACAACUCCAACAACUACAACAACUCCAACAUCUACAACAACUCCAACAACUACAACAACUCCAACAUCUACAACAACUCCAACAUCUACAACAACUCCAACAACUACAACAACUCCAACAUCUACAACAACUCCUACAACUACUACAACUCCAACAACUACUACAAAUCCAACAACUCCAGCAUCUACAACAUCUACAACAACUCCAACAACUCCUACAAUUCCAACAUCUACAACAACUCCAACAACUACUACAACUCCAACAACUACAACAAGUCCAACAUCUACAACAACUUUAACAUAUACAACAUCUCCAACAACAAAUACAACAACUAUAAAAACUCCAACAACUACUACAACAACUACAGCAACUCACAAAUCUACAACAAAUCCAAAAACUACAACUAGUAAAAGAACUCAGACCACUACUACAUCAACACCAACAACUACAACUCCAACAUCUACAACAAAUAAAACAACUACAAAAUCUACAAGAACUCCAACAGCUACUACAAGAACUCCAACAGCUACAACAACUCCAACAUCUACAAGAACUCCAACAACUACAACAAUUACAUCAUCUACAACAACCACUACAACAACUCCAACCACUACUUCAACAACUCCAACAACUACUACAAAUACUACAACAACUUCAACAACUAAUACAACAACUCCAAAAACUAAAACAACUCCAAAAACUACAACUCCAUUACCAACUACAAGUACAACAACUCCUACAACAAUUCCAACAGCUACAACGAUUCCAACAGCUCCUACAACAAUUCCAACAAUUCCAACAAUUCCAACAACAACAAAAACUCUAACAACUACUACGACAACUCCAACAAGUACAACAUCUACAAAAACUACCACAAAUAAAACAAAUCUAACAUCUACAACAACUCCAACAUCUACAACAACUCCAACAACAACAACAUCUACAACAACUACUACAACAACUCCAACAACUACUACAACAACUCUAACAACUACAACAACUCCAACAUCUACAACAACUCCUUCAACGACUACAACAAAUCCAACAAGUACAACAACUCCAUUAAUAACUACAAAAAUUCAAACGAUUACUACAACAACAAAAACUACCUCAACAACUCCAACAACUACUACAACAUCUCCAACCACUACUACAAUAUCUCCAACCACUACUACAACAUCUCCAACAACUACAACAUCUACAACAUCUCCAAGAACUACAACAACAAUCCCAAAUGCUACAACGUCAUCUCCAAUAACUCCAAUCUCAACAACAAUUAUAACAAUUUCUACAACUCCAACAACAAAAACUUUAAAACAUACAACAUCUCCAACAACAACUACAACAACUCUAACAACUCCAACAAUUACUACAACAACUACAGCAACUAAAAAAUAUACAACAACUCCAACAUCUACAACUCCAACUCCUAAAAGAACUCCGACCACUACUACAACAACACCAACCACUACUUUAACAACUUCAAAGUCUACAACAACUCCAACAACUACAACAAGUCCAAUCACUACUAAAAAUAAAACAACUAUAACAUCUAAAACAACUCCAACAUCUGCAACAACUACUUCAAAAACUACAACCACUACAACAACAACUCCUUCAACUACUACAACUCCAAUCACUAAAAAAGCUCCAACACCUAUUACAACAACUCCAACAACUACAACAUCAACAACAACUACAACAACUCCAACAUCUACAACAACUCCAACAACUACAACAACUACAACAUCAACAACAACUACAACAACUCCAACAUCUACAACAACUCCAACAACUCCAACAUCUACAACAACUCCAACAACUACAACUCCAACAUCUACAACAACUCCAAAAUCAACAACUCCAACAACGUCUACAACAACUCCUACAACUCCAACAUCUACAACAACUCCAACAACCACAACAUUUACCACAACUCCAAAAUCAACAACAACUACAACAACUCCAACAUCUACAACAACUCAAACAUCUACAACACCUACAACAACUCCAACAACAACUACAACAACUCCUACAACUCGAACAUCUACAACAACUGCAAAAACUACAACAACUCCAACAACUACAACAACUCCAACAUCUACAACUCCUAAAAGUACAACAUCUACAACAACUCCUAAAAGUACAACAACUAUAACAACUCCAACAACUACAACAACAAAUCCAUUAACAUCUACAACAACUCCAACAACUAGAACAACUACAACAACUCCAUUAACAGCUCCAACAACCACUACAACUCCAACAUCAGCAGAAACUACUACAACAACUCUAACCACUACAACAUCUCCAACAACUACAACAACUUCAACAACUCCAACAACUCUUAAAAGUACAACAAAUCCAACAAUUACAACAACUCCAACAUCUACAACUCCAAAAACUCCAAUAUCUACAAGAACACCUACAAAUCCAACAUCUACAACAACUCCUACAAGUACAACAUCUACAUCAAAUCCAAUAACUACUACAACAAAUCCAUUAACAUCUACAACAACUCAAACAACUACUAAAACAACUCCAUUAACAACUACAAAAACUACAACUCUAACAUCUGCAGCAACUACUACAACAACUCCAAUCACUUCAACAACAACUCCAUCAACUACCAAAUCUCCAACCACUAAAACAACUUCAACAUCUACAUCAACUCAAAAAACUGCAACAACUCCAACAUCUACAGCAACUCCAACAACUCCAAAAUCUACAACAACUCCAACAACUAAAACCACUCCAACAACUCCAACAUCCACAACUCCAGCAUCUACAACAACUCCAACAUCUACAACAACUCCAUCAACUACAACAACUACAACAACGCCAACAUCUACAACUCCAGCAUUUACAACAACUCCAACAUCUACAACAACUACUACAACAACUCUUACACCUACAACAUCUACAACAACUCCUAAAAGUACAAUAACUAUAACAACUCCAACAACUACAACAACAAAUCCAUUAACAUCUACAUCAACUCCAACAGCUGCAACAACUCCAACAUCUACAGCAACUCUAACCACUUCAACAUCUACAACAACUCCAACAACUAUAACAACUCCAACAGCUAGAACAACUACAACAACUACUACAACUACAACAUCAACAAAAACUACAACAGCUCCAACAUCUACAAAAACUCCAACAACUCCAACAUCUACAACAACUCCAAAAUCUACAACUCCAAAAACUCCAACGUCUUCAACAACACCUAAAACUCAAACAUCUCCAACAACUCCUACAAGUACAACAUCCACAACAAAUCCAAUAACUACUACAACAAAAUCAUUAUCAUCUAUUACAACUCCAACAACUGCAACAACUCCAACAACUACAACAACUCCAACAACUACAACAACUCCAACUUCUACAACAACUCCAAAAACUACAACAGCUCCUAAAAGGACAACAACUACAACAUCUACAACAACUCCAACAACUACAACAACUCCAACAUCUACAACAACUCCAACAACUACAACAGCUCCAACAACUACAACAACUCCUAAAAGUACAACAACUACAACAACUCAAACAUCUACAACAACUCCAACAACUACUACAACUCCAACUUCUACAACAACUCCAAGAACUACCACAACAACUCCAUCCCCGGGCUGCCUACGAUUUUUAAAAACAUCUACAACAGCUCCUACAACUCCAACAUCUACAACAGCUCCUACAGCUCCAACAUCUACAACAACUCCUAAAAGUGCAACAACUACAACAAAUCCAACAACUCCAACAUCUACAACAACUCAAACAUCUACAAUAAUUCCUACACCUCCAACAUCUACAAAAAAUCCUAAAAGUACAACAACUAUAACAACUCUAACAACUACAACAACAAAUCCAUUAACAUCUACAACAACUCCAACAACUAGAACAACUACAACAACAACUACAACAACUCCAUUAACAAUUCAAAUAACCACUACAACUCCAACAUCAGCAGCAACUACUACAACAACUCCAACCACUACAACAGCUCCAACAACUACAACAACUUCAACAACUCCAACAAUUCUUAAAAGUACAACUCUAACAAAUACAACAACUCCAACAUCUACAACUCCAAAAACUCCAACAUCUACAACAUCACCUACAACUCCAACAUCUACAACAACUCCUACAAGUUCAACAUCUACAACGAAUCCAAUAACUACUACAAGAAAUCCAUUAACAUCUACAACAACUCCAACAACUACAACAACUACUACAACAACUCCAUUAACAACAACAAAAACUACAACUCUAACAUCUGCAGCAACUACUACAACAACUCCAACAACUAUAACAACUCCAACAGCUAGAACAAGUACAACAACUACUACAACUACAACAUCAGCAAAAACUACAACAGCUCCAACAUCUACAGCAACUCCAACAACUCCAACAUCUACAGCAACUCCAACAACUCCAACAUCUACAACAACUCCAACAACUACAACCACUCCAACAACUCCAAAAUCUACAACUCUAGCAUUUACAACAACUCCGACAUCUACAACAACUACUACAACAACUCCAACAUCUACAACAACUCCUACACCUCCAACAACUCCUAAAAGUACAACAACUAUAACAACUCCAACAACUACAACAACAAAUCCAUUAACAUCUACAACAACUCCAAAAACUGCAACAACUCCAACAUCUACAAAAACUCCAACAACUCCAACAACUACAACAACUCCAACAGCUAGAACAACUACAACUACUACAACUACAACAUCAACAAAAACUAUAACAACUCCAACAUUUACAACAACGCCAACAACUCCAACAUCUACAACAACUACAACAACUACAACAUCUACAACAAUUCCAAAAUCAACAACAACUCCAACAACAUCUACAACAACUCCUACAACUCCAACAUCUACAACAACUCAAACAACUACAACAACUCCAACAUCUACUACAACUCCAACAUCUACAACAACUCACACAUCUACAACAUCUACAACAACUCCAACAUACAACAACUCCAACAUCUACAACAACUCCAACAACUACAACAACUCCAACAACUACAACAACUCCAACAUCUACAACAAUCCAACUUCUACAACAACUACAACAACUCCAACAACUACAACAACUCCAACAUCUACAACAACUCCAACAACUACAACUCCAACAUCUACAACAACUACAACAACUCCAACAUCUACAACUCCAACAUCUACAACAACACCUACAACUCAAACAUCUACAACAACUCCAACAACUACAACAACUCCAACAUCUACAACAACUACAACAACUACAACAAUUCCAACAACUACAACAACUCCAACAUCUACAACAACUCCAACAUCUACAACAACUCCAACAUCUACAACAACUCCAACAACAACAACUCCAACAACUACAACUCCAACAUCUACAACAACUACAACAACUCCAACAUCUACAACUCCAACAACUCCAACAUCUACAACAACUCCAACAACUACAACAACUCCAACAACUACAACAACUCCAACAUCUACAACAACUACAACAACUACAACAAUUCCAACAACUACAACAACUCCAACAUCUACAACAACUCCAACAUCUACAACAACUCCAACAUCUACAACAACUACAACAACUCCAACAUCUACAACAACUCUAACAACAACAACUCCAACAACUACAACUCCAACAUCUACAACAACUACAACAACUACAACAAUUCCAACAACUACAACAACUCCAACAUCUUCAACAACUCCAACAUCUACAACAACUCCAACAUCUACAACAACUACAACAACUCCAACAUCUACAACAACUGCAACAACUACAACAACUCCAACAUCUACAACUCAAAAAAUUCCAACAUCUACAACAACACCUACAACUCAAACAUCUACAACAACUCUAACAACUACAACAACUCCAACAACUACAACUCCUACAAUUACAACAUCUACAACAAAUCCAAUAACUACUACAACAGAUCCAUUAUCAUUUACAACAAUUACAACAACUGCAACAACUCCCACAACUCCAACAUCUGCAACAACUCCAACAACAACAACUACAACAUCAACAACAACUACAACAACUCUAACAUCUACAACAACUCCAACAUCUACAACAGCUCCUACAACUCCAACAUCUACAACAGCUCCUACAACUCCAACAUCUACAACAACUCCUAAAAGUACAACAACUAUAACAACUACAACAACUCCAACAACUCCAACAUCUACAACAACUCCUACACCUCCAACAUCUACAACAACUCCUAAAAGUACAACAACUAAAACAACUCCAACAACUACAACAACAAAUCCAUUAACAUCUACAACAACUCCAACAACUAGAACAAAUACAACAACUACUACAACAACUCCAUUAACAACUCCAACAACCACUAAAACUCCAACACCAGCAGCAACUACUACAACAACUCCAACCAUUACCACAGCUCCAACAACUACAACUUCAACAACUCCAACAACUCUUAAAAGUACAACAACUCUAACAAUUACAACAACUCCAACAUCUACAACUCCAAAAACUCCAACAUCUACAACAACACCUACAACUCCAACAUCUACAACAACUCCUACAAGUUCAACAUCUACAACAAAUCCAAUAACUACUACAACAAAUCCAUUAACAUCUACAACAACUCCAACAACUACAACAACUACUACAACAACUCCAUUAACAACUACAAAAACUACAACUCUAACAUCUGCUGCAACUACUACAACAACUCCAAUCACUUCAACAACAACUCCAUCAACUACUAACACUCAAACCACUAAAACAACUUCAACAUCUUCAUCAACUCCAACAACUGCAACAACUCCAACUUCUACAGCAACUCCAACAACUCCAACAUCUACAACAACUCCAACAUCUACAAAAACUCCAUCAACUACAGCAACUACAACAACCCCAACAUCUACAACUCCAGCAUUUACAACAACUCCAACAUCUACAACUACUACAACAACUCCAACAUCUACAACAACUCCAACAACUACAACAACUACAACAUCAACAACAACUACAACAACUCCAACAUCUACAACUCCAACAACUCCAAUAUCUACAACAACUCCAACAUCUACAACAACUCUAACAUCUACAACAACUCCAACAAUUACAACAACUCCAACAACUACAACAACUCCAACAUCUACAACACCUCCAACAACUACAACAACUCCAACAUCUACAACAACUCCAACAUAUACAACAAGUCCAAAAUCAACAACUCCAACAACAUCUAAAACAACUCCUACAACUCCAACAUCUACAACAACUCCAACAUCUACAACAACUCCAACAACAUCUACAACAACUCCUACAACUCCAACAACUACAACAACUACAACAUCAACAACAACUACAACAACUCCAACAUCUACAACUCCAACAACUCCAACAACUACAACAACUCCAACAACUCCAACAUCUACAACAACUCCAACAACUACAACAACUCCAACAUCUACAACAACUCAAACAUCUACAACAACUUUAACAAAUACAACUCCAACAACUUCAACAACUUCAACAUCUACAACAACUCCUACAACUCUUACAUCUACAACAGCUCCAACAUUUACAACAACUGCAACAACUAUAACAGCUCCAAAAUCUACAACAACUCCAACAACUAAAACAACUCCAACAUCUACAACAACUCCAACAACUACAACUCCAACAUUUACAACAAUUCCAAAAACUACAACAACUACUAAAAGAACUCUGACCACUUCUACAACACCUCCAACCACUACUACAUCAACUCCAAAGUCUAUAUCAACUCCAACAUCUCCAACAACUCCAACAACUACAACAACAACUUCAAAAUCUCCAACUACAACAACUCCAUUAACAUCUACGUCAAGUACAACAACUACUACAACAACUCCUCCCACUAUUACAACAACUCCAAAGUCUACAACAACAUUAACAACUACAGCAAUUCCAACAUCUACAACAACUCCAAAAAGUACAACUACCAAAAGAACUCCAACCACUUCUACAACUCCAACCACUACUACAACAACUCCAAAGUCUAAAUCAACUCCAACAAGUCCUAAAACUACAACAAUUCCAACAUCUACAACAACUCCUACAAGUACAACAACUACAACAACUGCAAAAACUACUGCAUCAACUACAACAACUCCAACAACUACAACAACUCCAACAUCUACAACAACUCCAAGAACUACAACAACUCCAACAUCUACAACAACUCCAACAACUACAACAACUCCAACAUCUACAACUCCUAAAACUACAACAAUUCCAACAUCUACUCCUACAAGUACAACAACUAUAACAACUACAAAAACUACUACAACAACUACAACAACUCCAACAACUCCAACAACUACCACAACUCCAACAUCUACAACAACUCCUACAACUACAACAACUCCUACAACUACAACAACUACAACAACUCCAACAACUACUACAACAACUACAACAACUCCAUUAAGAACUACAACUACUACAACAACUACAACAACAACAACAACUCCAACAUCUGCAGCAACUACUACAACAACUCCAACCACUACAACAACAACUCCAACAACUAAAACAACUCCAACAUCUACAACAACUCUAACAACUACAACAACUCCAACAUCUACAAGAAUUCCAACAUCUACAACAACUCGUAUAACUACAACUACAACAUCUACAACAACUACUAAAAGAACUCCGACCACUUCUUCAACAACUCCAAGCACUACUACAACAACUCCAAUGUCUAUAUCAACUCCAACAUCUCCAACAACUCCAACAACUUCAACAACAACUACAAAAUCUCCAACUACAACAAAUUUAACAACUACAACUACUCCAACAUCUACAACAAUUUUAACAACUACAACAACUCCAACAUAUACAAAAACUCCAACAACUACAUCAACGUCAACAACUACAACAUCUACAAUAAUUCCAAAAACUACAACAACUCCACCAUCUAAAAGAACUCCUACAACUACUUUAACUACUACAACUCCAACAUCUACGACAUCUCCUACAACUCCAACAUCUACAACAACUUCAACAACUACAACAAGAACUCUUACAACGACAACAACUCCAACCACUACUAAAACAACUACUAUAAUAACUCCAACAACUACUUUGAUUCCAACAACUGCUAAAAGAACUCCAACAACUCUAACGGGGACAACAACUCCAACCACUACUACAACUUGA